AUGCCACGAGAACGGCCCGAUCUGGCCCGUGGCCCCCUUCAUAAUGGUACCUCGUCACCGUCCAACACAUACACUAAGCGAACUCUCCUUCGUUCGCCGCUUAUCUGCGCAAUAUACCCAGAAUUCAAGGUGUCACUUUCAAAACCUCUUGCAGGGCUUUCCAGCAAGUCUAUAAAUGACGAAAACGACCAAACCCUCCAUGAGCCGGAAGAAGAUUCGUAUUUUGGUGAGGAAAUGAGUGAGGAUGACGAUAUUGUGUGGAAUUUGGAAGACAAUGCACCACAACCAGCCAAUCCUUUAAAGUCUGUCUCACCAAUUGAAGAAGACAUCACCUCCGUCAAUGUUUUAAUCAGACAUUCGGCGAUUGUGAUCAAUGGAGUGGAAUUCGGGCUCAACGCAGGCGUUCGGUCUUCAGUUAUGAUUCCAGGGCCGUCGGGAACAGAAAAUUCGCUUGUUGUAUCAAUGCUUUCUGGAUUUGUUCUUCUAAUUCGAAUAUGGCGAGUUCCCAGAACAUAUGGAGACGCCAGCUUUGGCGAAACUGGCCAUGCGGUUGAGGAAUCAACUACGUCACAUUUUUUCAAGCCGUUUGUUGUUCAAUGGUGGAAAACAGACGCAGAAUAUGCGGCUGAAGUAUCGGGAAGUCGACUUUCUGUGCAUUCGUCGGGUCUAGCAGUCGUUUCUGCUGCCCAAUCGUCGGUUUUCAGGAUCCACAUGUGCCAGCAAACAGACAUGGGUGUCCAACUACUUCCACAAUUCAAUGUGGACGUGAAUGGAAUUAUACUUCAUUCAUGUUUUUCGCAGCCACUCAAAGAUGUAGGAGAUGAUCAUAUUACAUUUCUUACCCUCACGUUUUCCAACAUGCGGAGAUUAGAUCUAUCUCUCUACAGCUGGUAUGUUUCUGACUCGCCAGAGAAUUUGGUCCGCUGCACUUUGCCAUUAAACAACUCAUUUCCUGUUCCUAUCAUGAUCAUUCCACUUGCUAGAAACCACAGCUUUCUCUUUGUUUGCACCGACAUGUUCAUCGUGGUGACAGUACAUAAUAUCAUGUCUGCUGACUACUCGUUUUCUCGAUUUGCCUACGAUGGUUCAUUUCCAACUGCUUUUCACUUGCCAGAACCUCAUCUUAUGGGCCCAGAUAUUCAAAAAUCCGAUGAGGUACUUCUAGCUUCUGAUUCUGGUACAAUUUACGCUGUCACUGUCACUGACAAUAAUUCUCUUGUGUAUGAACCUGUUGCUCAGGUGGCGGAUGCGGUGUCAGUUUUCACGAUGCAAAAGAAUGAUUCCGGCUACAUGCUACAUUACGCCAGCGACACUGGAGGCUCCAAAGCAAUUCAGAUAAGCACUCUCUUUACAAGGGACAUAAUCCAAGCAGACAAAAAAUUACCAUACAGCGAAGGUGUGCUUGUUCAGGAUUUCAAGAAUUGGUCUCCAGUAAUUGAUGUUCUGGUUAUAAACUCCUUAAAAGUGAGAAACAUUGCACCCUACUGUUCUCAGGAGGUCUGGGCAUUGACUGGGGCGGGUAAAAGAACGAAGUUGACUCAUCUUCGAAGUGGCUACUCGGUUAAAAAAGAGACGAAGCCUGUUGGCAAUCUCCGUAAGACCAAAGAAAUGUUCCGAAUAGACCUCAACGGCCGCCAUUUCAUCAUAUGUGCCAUGCCGCUAUCUACGACACUCUUGGAGUAUCAAAACUGGCAGGCAGGUCUGUCGGAAGAUGGUAAUGGAGAUUCGUUGGUGGAGAUCGAAGCAUCGGCCCUUAUCUCUGACGAGACCACUUUGAAUGCGGUGCUUAUACCCAACACUUCCACGAUAGUUCAGUUCACCCCAUCUCGAAUUUCAUUCACCAACUUGGAAGAUUCUAAAAGGCUAGAUUUUACAAACCAGAGGAUCUUGUCAGCAAAGGUCGAACACAACAUCGCUGCACUUAUCAUUGACCGUGAACUGGCUCUCACUUUGGAGUUGGUUGAAUUAAGUGAAAUCACAGAUUAUGAAACUGAAUCAAUCCAUCCCACAAGUAUAAUGAGACCAUUGUGUUCUGUAUCCUUGGAUUUUGAGGUCAGUACAAUGAGUAUUUGUGCUGAUGCUGAAUCUCAGAAGCUCUCGAUUUUCUUGGGAACAUUCGAGGGGUUCAUAAAUGUUCUUGAAUUUCGAGAAGCGCAGAUUACUGUGAUUGCGCAGAUAAAUUUAAGUGUUAUGAAUCCCUAUGCUUCCCUGACAUCUUUGUCCGAUGAAUAUGUGAUUCCUCACGAUAUUCUUUACCUGCCACAAUCUCAACAGCUCUUCGUUGGGUCUGAGCUUGGCCACUUGAUCCAGUUCACGUUUACAGAAACCAAAUUAGAGCUCGUGCAAUACUUACUUCUCGGUUACACUCCUGUUACUUUGAAACUCUGCAAGACGGACCAUCAUUUCCUUAUGGUGUGCUUGCGCAACCUCUGGCUCUUCAAUUUUUAUUCAUCCAGCCUUCCCACACAAGUUGUGUUUGAAGAGAAGACGGAUAGACCAGUUUUAAGGCUCACGGAGCUUCCAUCAACUAUAGACCAGCAUUUAAGAUUUGCAUUCACCAGAGAGGAUGGUCUCGUCAUUGGAUCCCUAUUCUGUCACAAAGUGCCAAUUGUGAAGCAGAUAUCAGUGGGUGAAUCAGCAAGAAAGGUGUGCUAUCUUGACUCUAUGAAUCUCUUCGUUAUUUUAACUAAGGCAAAAGAGCCCUUAACGAGGUUGAGGUUCGUGGAUCGAAAAUCGAAUCGUGCAUUCCCGAGUGUUGAGGUGGACUCUAAAUCAGGAAGUCAGCGCAAGGAUAAAAUAUUUGAGCCGGGCGAAUUCCCCGUCUGUGGGUUUGUUUGGGAGAUCCAGCGCCAGGAUAGGGUGUCGAAAAAGCUCAUUGUUGGCACCUCUACGGAUAACAAGUCGGGGUCAGUUAAAAUAUUGGAUAUUACCAAGCUUGCCUUGCAAGGCACAGAAACUCCAGUGGUACGAAUUGUGGAGUUGAUUUCCAUACCCAGAGACGAGCCAGUGACAUGCAUCGAACAAAUUGGUACAACCAUUUUCUUUUCGAGUGGCUGUAAAAUCUUCUCCACGUCCUAUAGCUUCGAGGAUAGGAAGCUUCGCCCUGUUAGAACUCUAACCACACUCUCCAGUGAGGUGAUCUCAUUAUCUGUCAGUGACAAACAAAAUUUGGUUGUUAACUCUCGCCUCGACUCUUUGAUAGUGUUUAAGUAUAACCAUGGAAGUGGGGAGGAUAUCGAUAUGACAGACGAUGAGAACGACGGAUCUCUGCUGGAGAGUCUUAAUGUUGAGUUCAAGGACCCAGUAUCGAGAAGUUUGGUCAAUCAUUCCGUAAUGAAAACGAAACUUGUUGCUGGUGACAAGUUGCACUCGUCGUUGAUAGUGGUGGACGCCAAAGAUCGAGUCUCUGCUCAUCCAUUCGCUUACAGACUCUCCAUGAUUCCACGUGUUUACAUUUCGAAAUUCAAUGGGUUAUGGUCCAAAGACGCGGAUGUUAAGGAUCGAAUUUUGAGCGUCGGAGUCAAUGGAGAAGUGUUGGCGUUGGAGCCAAUAGAUGAUCAAAGUGAAGAAAUCAAUAGUCUCACCGCCGAACUUGAAGGCAGAAGGGGACUUCGAGGAGAUUCAGGAUUGGAUUCGCUUGUUGAAAGGUUGAAUAGACCAUUUGCUGACAAAGUGACUGGAAAAUGUUUCCAGAAUAUCUACAAACCGUUCUUCGACUUUUCUGAAAAUUGUGGGAAACUUAUAGACUACGACUUAGAAGAUUUGUCUCGCGUCCAAACUUCUAGUUUUAUGAUCUGA